AAUCACUGCAAUUAAAUCACCUUCAAAUUGAAAGUUUUAUUCGUACCGUAACAAAAUAAAGCAUGGACAAAACAAUAACACCAAUACAGGCAAUAAACAUGGCAUUAGACGAGGAAAUGGAGCUGAAUCCGAAAAUAUUUAUCAUAGGCGAAGAGGUGGGACUACAUGGAGGCGCAUACGGAGCAACACUUAACCUACAGAAAAAGUAUGGUGAGCACCGGGUUGUUGAUUCACCGAUCAGCGAAAUAGGUUUCACAGGACUGGCAGCGGGCGCAGCACAAGCUGGCUUGCAUCCUGUAGUGGACUACAUGACCUGGAACUUCGCACUGCAGUCCAUCGAUCACAUAAUUAACACCUGUGCAAAAUCUCUGUAUAUGUCCAACGGCUUAUUGCGGACACCUAUCGUGUUCAGAGGACCAAAUGGAUUUAAUUACGGCGUAGGCGCGCAACAUACACAAGAUUUUGGCUGCUACUACGGAGCUGUGCCUGGUUUGAAGGUUGUGGCACCUUACAACGCCCGAGAUCAUCGGGGGUGCCUGAGAAAGGCCUUGCGUGAUCAAAACCCGGUAAUAUUCUUGGAAAAUGAGGUGCUGUACCAGAAACCAUUCGAGAGAUGUAAAUCGUUUGAUGACAAAGAGUACAUUCAGGAGUUCAAGGCUGUGGUGGAAAGGGAAGGCAAGGAUGUCACGUUAAUAGGCAUCUCGCUCACGGUGGGCCUUUGUUUGGAGGCAUCGCAAAUGUUGGAGAAAGACGGUAUCAGUGUCGAGGUAAUAAAUCUCAUAUCAAUACGGCCGAUUGAUUACGCAACGAUAGUUGAGAGCGUCAAAAAAACGAGGAGACUUGUAAUUGUCGACAAUUCUUGGCCGUGCUUCAGCAUAGCAUCGGAAAUAUCGGCCAAUAUCCACGAAAAAAUGUUCAGUAUGCUGAAAGUGCCUGUUGAGAGAAUAAAUGCUGAGGACGUGCCUACACCGUAUGCAUUAAAUCUUGAGCAGAUGUCCCUGCCAAGUGUUGAGGAUGUUUUCAAACGGGUACGUGAUAUGAUGAAAUAAUUCAGUAAAGUCUCACAGUUUCUUCUUCAACAA